CUUCGGGACCGGAUAAUUUCAUUCUCUCCUGUCCGUCUCCGCUUUGGUGGAUCGGCCGAAAUCGUACCAGGCUUGGCGUGCGCGCUUCUCCCAGCAUGCUGCUGCACCGUCCCUGGUCCGCGGAGCUGCUUCGCUUCCUCCGUUAGUACGAAGGUAAUGACACGCAAGCUGGUCGUAGCUUGGUGAGCUACGGACUGCGGUUCCACUUGCACCAAGGCCCAGGCCGGAGCCGUGGACUAUCACGCCUACGUUCCGUGGGAUGGACUCCGGCAAGAGCGCCAGCCUGCAGUCGUCCAGCGGCGGCGACGACGAGUUCGACUGCAGAAGCGGUGCCGACUCCUCGCCGCUAUCCGCCCUGCUCCGGCAGCCGCCGCCGCCGCCAUCUGUGCCGGGCUUCGGCGGCGGCUCCUUGAUCUACGGCCUCCAGGAGCUCCGCACGCCACCGCUGUCCCACUGGUGCUCGACGACGGCGCCCCUCCCGGCCGGCGCAGAGGCCUCGCCGCCGUCUCUGUCCGGCCAUGGUUCUAUGACGGCCUACCAGGCCGACGCAGCGCCGGUCCAGCUGGCCGCAGCGGCGCCGCCGCAGGGGUCCAGGAAGCGGGCGCGGGCGUCGCGCCGCGCACCCACCACGGUGCUCACCACCGACACCUCCAACUUCCGCGCCAUGGUGCAGGAGUUCACCGGCAUACCUGCCCCUCCCUUCGCCGGCGCCGCGAGCGCACGCUCUCUCUUCGACCACAUCUUCCCCUUGCGCACCGCCGCCGGGACCGGGAGCCUCGCCACGCUCCCGCAGUACCUCCGCCGCCCCUUCGCGCAGAAGCUGCACGCGUCGAACCCCUACCCGCCGAGCUUCGCCUCGUCCUCCACGUCCUCACCAGCGCCGACCAACGUCUCCAUUGCGCCCGCUUCCACCACCACCCCGGGCACGGCAGCCGUGGCGUCCAGCGACAGCUACCACCAGCUCACAGCAGCCUCAACGUCCGCUCUUCUCUGGAUGCAGCAAGAUCACGGCAGCAACAACUACCACCCGUUCCAUCAGUGCUCCUCCCUCGGCGACGGCAAAUACGCGGCGCACCCAGUGUUCGACCGCGGCAUACCGUCGCCGCCGUCGUCCUCCACGAGGCUGCAGGACCGGGCGGACUUCGUCGGUCUCACACACGACGUCAUGGUGGGCUCCCAAGGGCCGAACGUGUACUUGCACCCGCGCAACGGCGGCGACGACCUGUCCAGCCUGGUCGGGGGCGCGUCCGUCACCGGGGCCGGCGGCUGCAAGUCGACGGCUGGAGCGCAAUCGGCGUAAGCGUAACCCGUCGGCCAACGUCUCCACAACGACGACGACGGCCACAUCAGCGGCGCCGGAGGGCAUGAGAAAGCAAGCAGGCGUUGACUCAUGGGUCUGCAGUUCUGCACAUCAGAUUAUGCACAUCUGAUUAAAAUUUACUUGCUUAUUUCCAAGAAUCCAAUCGAGAGUAGUACAUGAUGCGAGC